CGUCUUCCGUCCUCAAUUCACACAUAUCGAUUGCCGCUUGUACAGAUAUUACUUGUUAUCAUGGCGUCUUCUAGAACUGCAGCUCAAUUGAUGCUGCCAUUGCGGUCUGUCUCUAGGAGCCUUGUAUCUCGACCGACGCAUCUUUCUACGGUUAGGCCUUGCUUGGCCGUUGUGAACAGUUCGACUAGUCGUGGCCCGUCGCAAUGUGCACAUUCAGUGCGACACAGUUCUCAUUCGCCGAUGGGAGCUACGUCGACAAAUCCCAGGAAGAAGGUGACAUUGCAGACAUUACGGAAUCUACACAAUAAGGGCGAGCCGAUUACCAUGCUUACUGCCCAUGACUUCCCCAGUGGAUAUGUUGCGGAGGCUGCUGGGAUGGAGAUGAUUCUGGUUGGGGACAGUUUGGCUAUGGUGGCCCUGGGUAUGGAGGAUACGAGUGAGGUGGUUAUGGAAGAGAUGCUGCUGCAUUGCAGGAGCGUGGCGCGGGCUGCCAAGAGUGCUUUCACGAUUGCUGAUCUUCCCAUGGGUUCUUAUGAGGUGUCGCCAGAGCAGGGUCUUCAAUCGGCGAUUCGGAUCAUAAAGGAGGGGCGCAUGCAGGGCAUUAAGCUUGAAGGGGGCGAGGAGAUGGCACCGACGAUCAAACGCAUUACGCAGGCUGGAAUCCCCGUUGUCGGUCACAUUGGCCUCACCCCUCAACGCCAAAAUGCACUUGGAGGAUUCAGAGUUCAAGGAAAAUCUACUGCCGGAGCGCUCAAACUUUUGAAAGAUGCCAUGGCUGUGCAGGAAGCCGGUGCGUUCAUGAUGGUUCUAGAGGCGGUGCCUGCUGAAAUUGCUGCAAUCAUUACGAAGAAACUUCGCGUUCCAACAAUUGGCAUCGGCGCCGGCAAUGGCUGCUCCGGACAAGUUCUUGUGCAGAUCGACAUGACCGGCAAUUUCCCUCCCGGCCGAUUCCUCCCAAAGUUUGUCAAAAAGUACGCCGACGUUUGGGGUGAAGCAGUUAAAGGUAUCCAGCAAUAUCGUGAGGAAGUGAAAUCCCGGGCGUACCCUUCGGAAGAGUACACUUAUCCAAUUCCUAAGGAGGAGCUGGCGGAGUUUGAAAAAACGGUUGACAAGCUGGAUCAGUGA